AUGCCCGCCGCCGUCGACGCUUCCAAAAAGCGCAAAAGCAGCAAAAAUGCUGGAGCUCCCUCCAAACGCCGCGCAGUCGCAGACGACGUCGCCGACACCCCGUCUACAAUCGAGAAGCUCGAAAAAGAGAUUGCGGAGUCGCCAUCGAAGCUCAACAAUAUCGUGACCCUGUUCAAAAUGCUCAAUGUCGAAGAAUCAGCCAAAAACCCCAACCUUGCCGUUGCAGUGUCUCUAUGCCGGAUUUUCAGCCGGUUGAUGGCAGCGGGAGACUUUACUACGUCGAGCCGUGCUACUCCAGAGGAAAAAAAGCGCACAGAGUGGAUUAGAAGCACUUGUCUGAAUUACAUGGACAGGCUUGUGGAUAUCAUGCGCGAGGCUGAUGCUACAUCUCAGACCACUGCUCUAGCGCUGAGCAUGCGUAUGAUCAAAGCGCGCAUCACACAUGUCCCCGCAGACGAGGGCGUUGCGUGGUCUAAUAACUUCAAGUCUAUUGUGGAAGCCGUGAUUGAGAAUCAGGAUUUGCACACAGAGUUCAUCACGAAGUUCUUGAAGGGAUAUGAAGAUGUGAGAUACUAUACUUUUGGACAUAUCGCUGAAUACGCAGAGACCCGUCGAAGCCCCGAAAUUCUCGAUUCCAUCGUAUCCAUCCUCUCUGCAUGCGACGACGUGCCCAGCAAAGACCACAAAUUCGAAAACUUCUUUGUGACCAAGAACAAGCAGGUCGCCUCAGCGAGUGAGCAUAAGUCUCGCGUGCAGGCGGCAUGGGUAGAGAUUCUCAAGAACAACCUCUCGCAAGCGCAACGAAAGAAUCUCCUUCGAAGUAUGGUGCACCACAUUGUGCCGUGGUUCAAAAACCCGCAUAUGCUCAUGGACUUUUUGACACGCUCUUACGAUACCGGUGGUGCCACUUCGCUUCUCGCUCUGUCCGGUCUUUUCUACCUCAUUCAAGAGACGAAUCUGGAUUACCCAGACUUCUACCCCAAGCUUUAUUCGCUUCUCGAUGAAGACCUGCUUCACUCCAAGCACCGGUCAAAAUUCUUCCGAUUGCUGAACACUUUCCUCUCCUCGACCCAUCUUCCGGCCACCUUGAUGGCUAGUUUUAUCAAGAAACUGGCCCGCUUGGCCCUCAAUGCCCCACCUUCGGCCAUCGUCGUCAUCGUCCCUUUCAUGUACAAUGUUUUCAAGAGCCACCCCGCAACCACCUUCAUGAUGCACCGGGUCAUCACCGACAAGAAGCGUGAAGCCAAGAUUGAAGAAGUAGGCAUGGACGACCCGUUCAAUCCUACCGAGAGAGACCCCACCCGCACCCGUGCUAUUGAGAGCAGUCUUUGGGAGAUCGUGACCCUACAGUCUCACUACCACCCCAACGUCGCCUCAAUCGCUCGCAUCAUUUCCGAACAGUUCACCAAGCAAAACUAUAACCUGGAGGAUUUCCUGGACCACACUUAUCAGGGAAUGGUCACACAAGAACUGGGAACUGGAGAGAGACCAUUGAAGAAGACUCCUGUUGUGGAAUACCAGAUCCCCAAGCGUAUUUUCACCGAUCGUUUGCUUGAGGAGGAUGGUGGAGUGGAUUCGGGAGCCGGGUCCUUUAUGCGUGGCUUGUGGGAGUUUUCCUGA